GAACAAUUGAAGUCACCUUUAACCUCUGGGCCACGUCCCAAGGAACGAUCCACUAAAUUUGACCUGGAACAUUUUCCCCGGUUCACAUAUGCCGCUCACGCCACUCGUAAAUCUACGAUCGAACCUUUCGGAGACCUGCAUUGCUGAUAACCCUACUUUUCGAGAAAAUACGAUUCACUCUCAGGAUCCUUAACCUACGGAUUCCACGUGCUACUGUCACUUGCUCGUAAACGAUUCCAUGGCAAGUUAAAUAAGCUUUUCGGUUUGUAUUACACGUGCCGAAGACGAUGACCCAGGAGAGUUCCUGUUUAUGCGGAUGCUUUGUUCCACCAUGCGCCAAAUCGCCAGACCCACCGCACGAGCCAUGUUGUUGCUGUGACUACAAUCCGUUCAGUGACAAUUCAAAAGAGUCCGAGAUAUACGACCUGAAUUUUGCCUUGAGAAAGCUCACGGUCAUGAAGUGUCAGAUGAAGAAAUGGCGCAUGGAACGUCUUCAGCUUGAGAGCGAGGCAAGAUUGCUAAAGGAAGCUCUUCGAUCCCGAGGUGUAAAUAUCGACGAGCCUCUUAAGCCUGACCCACUGGUUCUGCAUUAUCGGGAGGAAAAUGAGAGAUUGGAGAAUGCCAGGAAUCUGCUCGAGGAUAAGAUCAAAGAUCUUGAAGAGACACUCGUAGAGAGAGAUUCCUUUGGAGAUUCGUGCGAGGCUGUGCAUUAUUAUAGAGAGAAGAUUGGGAUCCUGAGAGUACAACACGCUGAAGAAAAGAAUCAACUCAGAGAGAUGAUUUCGGAAUUGAAAAUCAAACUGGCGGAGACGGACGAUGACAGUUCCUGUUCCGCGCUAAAUCGUCUUAGAGCGAAAUUAAGAGAACUGAUGAAAGGAGGUCAAAGAGCUGACCAGCAAGUUUCUAAGGUAGUCGAACGCUCCAUAGAGACACUGGUUCAAUUGUCGACGAGUUGCGAUGACCUGAAAGCCGAAAACGAACGUCUCCUACGGGAAGUCGAGACUCUGAGGGGGAUGUCAGGAGGCCCAGUAUCCCAGGAGCUUCAGAAACGUCUUCCAGAGGAGGAUAAGGAUGCCUUGAUAAAUGAUUUGCAAAGAGAAUUACUAGAGAAUCGAGCCCGAUCUGCUGAUUUGGCUGUCGAUCUGGAUAAGAUGACUGUCAGUACGAAAGCUCUGACGGCUCAAGUAGCUGCUAUGAAGGAUGAGCUUAAGAAGAGGGAUGAAAAGGUUACUGAGCUUCUCGGAGAGUUGAGAAAGUCCACGGCUGAUCUUCUUGGGAUGAACAACUUGCAGAGCGAGAUAAUGGGGAUGAAGCCGCAGUUGUAUGAUCUUCAGAUUGAGCGUGAUCAACUGCUCGACGAGCUUGGUAAAGUUCGGGGUGUUGUGUCCGAGAGGAAUGAUCAGAUCAUCAAGAUCCUGGAAAAAAGAGAUAGAGUUACGAAUGAUUGCGAGUCGAAACUGGCCGCUAUGCAAACGAGAAUUGAUGGUUUGCUAGCGCAGGAAGCUUUGUUAAAGAAGGAAAAUGAAGCCCUGAAAAAGCAAGUCGCAGAUUUGGAGGAUGAGAUCGGUGAGCUUAAAGCUGUUAUAAGUCACGUGCCGGAUACUAGGGACGACGCGGAUAGAAUGUUGGCUAGAAUACGUGAACUCGAGGAUGAGCUUGGGAAAGUUAGUAAGGAGCUUGCAAGUAGCAAGGAUACUACAAAGGGCUUGGAAGAUUUGAUAGAAUCAAUGAAAGCUGCGAAGGAUAACUUGGCUAAUGAAUUGCUUCAAGCUGUAGAGAAUCUAAAUAGAUGUAAGAAGGAUUUGGAAAUGGCUGUAAGUGCAAAGGACGAUGCCCUUAAAGUCCUGGGUGACUCGAAGACUCGACUUGAUGUGUUAAGAGAUGAAAAUUCUCGCUUGGUUAAUCUGGCGGAUUCCAUGAGAAAGAAUAAUGAUGAGCUCAGAGACAAAAGUAAAAGCUCUCUGCUGGAUAUGAAUGGAAUCAGAGAGGAGAAUGAGGUCCUGAUGGCAGAGAAUAUUAAUUUAAAAGCAGAAAAUGACAGACUGAAGAAGCUCGUUGAUGAGCUGAAAGCUCAAAUCGACAAGCUUAAAGCUGAUAUCGAUAAAGUGACCACCGACUGCGAGAUGCUUCGUCAGAACAAUGAAAAGCUCAAUGACGAUAUUAAAAAGUAUGAGGUCGAGAAGGAUAGAUUGGAAAAUGAUCUUUUAAAGUUACGAGAAGAAGUAGUUGCCCUGAAGGAUGAUAACGAUAGACUGGUGUCUCAGGUUGAUGAGCUUUUGGCGGAACUGGCUAAGCUUAAGGACGAAAGGGAUAAACUAAAGGUGGAGGUGGAGAAGGGUAAAGAGCAUGAGGAAGCACUCAGGUCAGAGCUUGAUAAGUUGAAAGGAGAGAAUGAUAAACUCAAGUCCGAAAUCGGGCAGUUCGGGGAUGAGUUGGAUAAAUUAAGGGUGGAAAAUGACGGUCUCCACUCGCAAGUAAGGUCCCUCAAAGGUGAGAAUGAUAAACUGACCGAAGAGCUGACCGACAUUAAGGACUCGCUAAAAAAAUUGGCGGCGAAUAAUGAUGGACUAAAUGAUGAAAUACGAAAACUUCAAAUGGAAAAUGCCAACCUCAAUGGUCAGGUCGAUGCAUUUAAGGUUCAGAACGAGAAGCUUCAAUCCGACUUAGAUGAUACUAAAAAUCAGUUAAAUCUGGCUAAAGCUGGCGGUGACAAUCUGCAAGCGCAAGUGGAUGGUUGCAAAAAUGAGAACGAUGAGCUGAAGACAAAUUUGGAAAAAGCUCAAGGCGAUCUAAAUAAUUCGAGGGCUGAAAUAGAUAAAUUGAGAUCAGAGAAUGCUGCGCUCUUAGGAGAACUUAAUAAACUAAAAUCUCAAUGCGAAGCUUGUCAACUGGAACUGGAUCAAUUGAAAACGGAAAAUGGUUCUUUGAAAACCGAUAUGAAUGAUAUAAGAAAUGAAAAUAUGUCCUUAAUAAAUGAGCUCAAGGAAUUACAAGCUGAAACCGAGCAACUCAAAGCCGACCUAGAAAAUAUGAAGAUCCAAUUGGGACGUAUGGAGUCUGAAAGAAAUGCUCUUAGGGAAGCUAAUGAGAGUCUGAAGUCCGACUUAAGCAAGGCAAAGGACGAGCUGGAAAAUAUCAGAAACGAAAAUAAGAAUUUGAAGGGCGAGGUAGAGACGUUAAAAACCGAGAAUGGGAAUCUCAAGGAUAAGUUGAUGGAGCUCAAAGGGAAGUUGGACGAUACGGAAAGUGAGCUGGACAAGCUCAAAGGAGAGAACAGUACUCUCAAGAGGGAAGUGGGCGACAUGAAGGCGGAAAAGGAUUCUCUGAAAGAAGAGCUGGCGAAAGUAAAGGAAGAAAGUGAAAAGUGGAAAGAGAAAGCAGAAGCUCUGGAGGUCUCGGACGAGAAUCGCAAGGCUGAGUGCGAGAGACUUAAAGCAUCCAGCGAUGGAUACAACAACUUAAAAUCAGAUUGUGAGACGCUCAAACAGGAUAAGGAUAAACUAAAAGGUGAACGGGAUCAAAUGGAGGUUCAGAGAAAUGCUCUUAAGGAAGAAUUAAGUAAACUGAACGGGCAGCUCGACGGUCUUGCAGCUGAAAGGGACAAGCUGAAGAGCGAUUUUGAUCAUAUGAAGAGUCGCAACGACGCUCUGAAAGGAGAAUUGGGUGCGUGUAUCAUGGAAAGGGAUAAAUUACGGUCGGAUCUCGAUAGUCUCAAGGGUGUAGUAGAUGAGUUGCAGAAUCAGAAGCAGGCAAUGAUGUCGGAGAUUGAGAAAUUGAGAAAGGAACUGGACGAUUAUAGAAAUACAAUCAAGUCUCUUGAAGCUGAGGCUGCUGAUUUGCGCAACGACAAGAGUCAGUUAGCCAAAGACGUUAAUGAUUUAAGAAAUGAGCUGGACAGAGUGAAGAGUGCCAAGGAAGAUGCUGAUAGGGAACUGGAGGCUUUGAAGGGUAGUCUGAACGAUCUUCUUAACGAAAUAAUAAAGCUGAAAGAAGAGAUUGAUAAGUUACAGUCGGAGAAAAACAAUCUGGAGAAUGAAUUGGCUGCCGUCAGGGGAUCUUUAACGAAUUGUCAAAAUGAGAAUAAUAGGUUACAUAAUGAAAUUGAUAAGCUAUCGAAAGAGCUUCGUGCUCUUAAAGACGAAAACGAACAAUUUCUUGAAGAGAUAGCUAAAUUGAAAGCUGACAUCGAAUACUGGAAAAUCGAGGGUUGCAAGCAUAAGGCUGAAAUCGAUAAAUUGAAUGGAGAUAUCGAAAAGCUGAAAAAGGAGUUGUCUGACUGCCGUGCUAAAGUGAAGGAUCUUGAGGAUCAGCUUGUUGCCCACGAUGGUCUAAAAUCGAAGCUUAUGCAGGAUAUUGAUAAACUCAAGAAAGAUUUAGAGUCUGAAAAAGCGGCCCUUCAAGGUACAAAGGACGAAGCUUCCAAAGCAGCAGUUGGUUGCAAAGAAGAGCUGGAGGCUUUGAAGGCAGAAUUAACAAAGGUAAGAGGUGAGAACAACAAAUUGAAAAGCGAGAUUAGUGAUCGGGAGAAUCAAAUAGCAGCGCUUAAAGACGAAUUAGAAAAGCUCCGUAAAGAAGCCUCUGUUCUUAGAACGGAAAAUGAUCGCUUGAAAGGCGAAUUUGAUAAGAAAAAGGCCGAAGUCGAUGGGUUACAGAAAGAACUUAACAAGGUUAAGGCUGAAGCUGAAAGUUCGAAGGGCGAAGGUAUAAAUCUUAAAGGAGAAAUCGAUAAACUAACUUCUGACAAUAAUCGACUAAAGCGUGACCUCGAUGCCCUGAAAGCUGAAAAUGAGAAGCUUGCAGCCGCAUUAACUGCAGCUAAAAAUGACUCUGAAAAGUUCAAGGCCGAUUUGGCUGAAUGCAAAUCUGAGAUCGACAAACUUAAGGCUGAAAUUAAUAGAUUGAAUGGGGAAUUGAACAAGCUCAAUGAGGAAACGAAGAAAUCGAAGGCCGAACUCGAGGACCUUAAGAAGAGUCUGUCGAGUGCCGAGGACAGAACGAAGAAGCUUCAAGAACAGGUCGGUGCGCUGGAAACUGAAAAAGAAAAGCUUAUUGGUGAAUUAAAUGGCGUCAGGUUAGAAAAUGAUAAGUUAGCUAAAGAAUUGUCGAGUACCAAACUUGGCAAGGACGAAGCGCUGAAGGAGAACGCAACUCUGAAAUCCGAAGUAGCUGCUCUCAGGGAAGAACUAAGCAAGGCUCGUGGAGAGGAGGCGAGACUGAAGCAAGAGUUGGAAGGUCUCAGGAAGCAACUGUCAGAUUUGAAAAGUGAACUGGACAAGAUCAAAGAGGAGAACGUAGGAUUGAAGAAAGCGAAUGAUAAGAUGAAAGCGGAACUGGACUCGCUCAUGGUUGAAAACGGCCACCUCAAAGAGGCCCUUGACAAAGUUAAAGGUGAAUUCAAUGCGGCCAAAUUAGAAUACGAGAACGGUAUAAAGCAGUUAAAGGAUAUGAAUGAUAAUCUGAGAAAGGACGUAGCCAGUGCGCAGGAAAGAGCGAAAAGUCUGGAGAAUCAGCUAGGGUCUUUCGAGGGAGAAAAGAAUAGAAUGGAAAAGGAGAAUUCGCUGUCGAAGGGUCAAAUCGAAAAGUUGGAAAAAGAUUUAGUUGCGGCGGGAGCCGCGAAAGAUGCGGCUUUACGAGAGCUUGAAGCCCUGAAGAACACUUUAGCUGGCUUAAGGGAUGAUUUAGCUAAGUGCAAGGCUGACAAGGACAAGCUUCAGCAGGAGUUGGACGAGAUGAAGAGACGUUCCGCGGAUUGGAAGGGCGACCUGGAUAAGAUGCGGGCGGAAAAAGAAGCUUUGAAGAGCCAGCUUGACAAGCUCAACGGGGAACUGGAUAAAGUACGAAACGAGUACGCCAACUUGAAGGCCGAACUUGAUCGCCUUAGAGCUAAGAAUGAUAAGUUGCAAGCCGAUAAUGAUGCGUUAAAUGAAGAAAAAGCUCGAUUGAAAACUGCGUCUGAAAAAAGACUCGAUAAGGAACUUGAUAAGAGGCCCUCAAAGGCAUCGGAAAAGAAGAUCGAAGAUGACAAAGCUUUGAGGAAGGAGCAUUCAAAAUUAUUGGAAGAUUUUGAGAGAUUGCGUAAAGAAAAUGAAAGACUGAAAGCCGAGUUGCAGAAUAUGAAAAAAGACCUUGGAAAAUCUCGUCGAGAAAAUGCAAAAUCCGCAAUAUCCAUAGUAGCCGAUAGUAAAGUUUCAUCAGCAGAAGUUACGGAUGAUUGUGGAGAUUAUAUAAGAGCCAAUGAAAUCCUUACACAAAAUAUAGAUGAACAAAACGAUGGAAUAAAUCGUAUUCGCGAAUAUAUUGGCUUUAUUGAAGGAAAAACUUCGAUGCGACCGAUAAUGGUGCAAAAAUUGGGCAACGACACGAAACCAAAUGCCGAUGUAAUAAAAAUUGCUCGACUCAAGGGUAUAUUAAUGGCGUCGCAAAAACUUGCUGAAAAUAUUCAAAACGCGGAGAUGGAAAUUCAAGAAAUUGGAAAUUUACUUGACGAAAAUGAGAAGCUGAAAAAGCAAAUCGAGAAUCUCGAAAAACAACUCGCUGAAUUCGGUUUGGACGAUCCAGAGAUGAUGGAAACUAAAGAGGACGGUAAGGACAUAUUCGAUGCGGAAUCCUGGCUUAAGUCGCUUACUUUAACGCAAUUGGCUGAUCUUCACGAGAGGAUAUGCAGACUGACAUCAUCAAUGGUCGAGGAAGAUUUAAAUCCCGAUGACUUCAUGGACGAUCAGGAUGACGAAACAAUUUGCAAACCCUGCGAAACCUCCCGCGCGUCCCGUAAUUUACAAGAAGAUCCACGAAAAUACGAGCGUGACAAUUUAAACAAGAGAAUCUCAGCAUUGCAAAGACUGAUAAUGGAUAAGCAAUUGGAUGCUGCGAGCAAGAUCGAAGACAUGAAGAGAACACUACGAGAAGAGCAAGCUAGCCUGGGGCGAUUAUCUCAAGAGAUGAAUCUAGAAAGAAAACGAAAUUACGAAAUUCACCAAACAAUGGAAAAUUCGCCAUGUUGGAUAAACGAUUGUAAAGCUGCAUGCCGCGGUGAUCCCAAACACGUAUAUCCUGGACCCUUCUUCAAUGCAUCAGGAUCCAUAUCCCAACCUCAUACAAAAAGUACCGCUGACAAUAUUUGUAAGCGUCAAUACGAAAAUUCAUCGUGUGUCACCAAGCCUAAUAAAUUAAAUAAAAAUCGAAUAAGCGAUACCCAACCUCGGAACAGUGAUAAGAAACGAUAAGAGGCUAACGGCAAAAGAUUCCAUUCGACGUAACUAGGUAUUUAUUCAUAAUGUAUAUAAAUCGUUGCCAAUAUCCAAAAUGUAAUAUACAUAAAAUAACGUGUAAUACUAAAAUUGGAAUUCCGCGAAAAUAAAGACAAAGGACUGGGAUUAAAGCAGUAUACGUGAAUUUGAAUCCGUGGAUUAAUAAACAUAAUAAACAAAGCAAUAGGUCGUUACGCUGUACGUGGACGGACUGUACGAGUGGAGGGUUAGUAGAACGAGCACUUGCCAUAACGCGAUUUCGUGACUGACAGCCAACGCUGGUAUUAUUCGAUGAAGAUUAAUUCGAUUAAAAUCCUGAUCUACAUCCGGUUCCCAGGACAAACUCGCGUUGCUCUCUUCUCGUUAACCAUAACGUGUGAUAACGUGGUUACGUGCACGGAGGGUGGGGUGUUACGCUCGGAGAUCAAACGUAUAAUUAAGAGGGAUUGAGUGGAGUAUGAGAAACAAAAAAGGUGAAACAACAAAAAAAAAGAGAAAAAGAGCAGGAGUAUAGAAAUUGAGCGGAGAGGUUAAAUAAUAAACGAAUCGACCAAAAUCUGUUUACUCGCUUACUUUCGUUGAACAGAAUCGAAAUAACGUCUAUGAGCCAUGACGCCGUGACGUUAUACGCGAGCAUACGGAAAUAAGGGAUGAUGAGGGUCGUGCAUACUGCUGGCACAUUUUGUCGGUAAUAUGAGCGAUUCGAACGUUCGGUAAUAAUGAAAACAGGUCACGUUGUUGGAGCUUUGUGGGUUUAUCGAAUGAACGCUAAUGUUAACGGACGAUCAGCCGUUUUGUGGUAUCUAUUGUCAGUCUUUACUCUUUCUAAUUAUCACGUACUUCACUGAUGUUAUUUCGAAUUAGGUAUACCUUGUAACCUUUUUUUAUGCAACGUGAUCGAGUAUCAUAACGCAUGAUGAUCGUGGACAUUCCAAUGAUUCGUGUCUUCUUGGAUUUUACAUUGACACUAAUACGGAAGUAAUAUAAGGAUUAAUAUGAUUAGGGAUUAUCUAAUAGUGAUUGUAACGAGU